UUUUUCAUUAUUAUUUCGUUAUUUUACUCUCCUAUUAUUAUUUUUAUAUCAAAUAAAUGAUUUUUGAUUUUACAAAUUAAAUUUAAAUAACUUUGGUUCUUACUGUUCAUUCAAAUCAAAUAUGGAUAAUUAUGAUAUCGUGGAUUUAUUUGAAGAAGACGAUGACUACGAAUUAAUUCAAUUUUUAAAUUAUCAACGUCGUGUACACCUUACAUCCAACAGUUGACCAUUUUUUUAAAUAAGAUGACUAUUUAAGGGUGAGAUUUAGACUUGGAAAAGAUGUUGUUCUUAAAGUAUUAGAAUACAUUGAAAAUGACAUAUAUUCACAAAUCGACAGGUGAGUUUAAAUGCAUGUUUGAGGCAUAAAUAAAUAAUAUUCUUUAUGUAACAAAAUACAUUUAUUUUAUAAAUAUAUUUAAGGAAUAAUGCUAUGGCAGUGAUUACGAACUAUUGUUGACUGUACCAUUUUAUGAUGCUGGUAAUUUCUUGACAAUAGCUGAUGAUUUUAUGGAUGUCAGUAAAACCGCAGCUUGUUUGAUCAUACGUGAUGUCAUUGUAGCGAUGGCAAAACUUCGACUAAGAUUCAUCCAUAUGCGGUAAUUGAAACUGAAAUAAAUAAUUUACAACGCCAUUUCUAUCAAAUAGCGCGAUUCCUGAGAACAAUAGGUGUUAUUGAUUGCACUUGCAUCAAAAUUCAAAACCCAGGUAAGAGUUUACGUACAACUUGAUAAUAAUAUUUUAUGAUUUUAACUAAAACAAUGAUAAUAGGUGUUCUCAAUGGUGAAUACUUAAGAAACCGCAAAGGGUAUUUUCUUUGGACGUUGUGCUUGGACGUUUCAUGUACAGAUUUGAAACUAAUGAAUAUUAUUGCACUGGAUCAUGUUACGACCAAACUAUUUUUAAGAAGUCAUGUAUUUAUAAUAAAUUAGUCAGUGGUUAUUGGAAAAAUAGUCUAAUUGUAGCUGAUAGUGGCUACACUCAUUUGGAAUUUGUUGUCACUCCAUACUUAAAUCCUCAAAAUGGCCCUGAAAUGUUAUAUAACAAAUCUCUAAUUAGAACUAGAAAUCUAGUCGAGAAAUUUUACGGAAUUCUAAAACAAAGAUUUCCCAUCUUAUCUUUUGGGUCACGUUUAAAUUUUAAAAUUGACACUGCUCAAACUAUGACCAUUGCUUGUUGUAUUUUAUAUAAUGUAGCAUGCAAUCAUUAUGAUUUAAAACCACCUGAACUAUUAAGUAUAGGUAUAGGUAUGCCAGUUAAUGAUGACUUAAAUUUAAGAGAAGAACAUGAACUAGAUGAGGGAAAUGCAAGACAGCAGUUAACUGAAGAAUAUUUUUCACUUCUGAUUUAACCAUAUUGUGUAAAUGAUGAUUAUGACCAAUACUCAUAGCCACAAAUCGAAUACUAAUAUGUAAAUAUUAGUAUUCGAUAUGUAAAUAUAUAAUACUACUAUGUAAAUAUUGAUUUAUAUUUUUUAUAGUGGAUAAAGUUUGUAAAUAUUUUUAAUUUGUUGUACAUAUUAUAUAAUUAAUCAUUUAACACAUUUAAGGUCUAUUUACACGCAGCAGUGACGUGAUCGUGUUGUACCCGUUCUGGGAUUCUACCUUCUGUGAUUUCUAUUUACACGCAGCAGUGACGUGAUCGUGUUGUACCCGUUCUGGGAUUCUACCGGCUGUGAUUUCUAUUUACACACAGCAGUGACGUGAUUGUGCCGUACCCGUUCUGGGAUUCUACCUUCUGUGAUUUCUAUUUACACGCAGCAGUGACGUGAUCGUGUUGUACCCGUUCUAGGAUUCUACUGGCUGUGAUUUCUAUUUAUACGCAGCAGUGACGUGAUCGUGCCGUACCCGUUCUGGGAUUCUACCUUCUGUGAUUUCUAUUUACACGCAGCAGUGACGUGAUCGUGUUGUACCCGUUCUGGGAUUCUACCGGCUGUGAUUUCUAUUUACACACAGCAGUGACGUGAUCAUGCCGUACCCGUUCUAGGAUUCUACUGGCUGUGAUUUCUAUUUAUACACAGCAGUGACGUGACCGUGCUGUACCCGUUCCAGGAUUCUACUGGUCGUGAUUUCUAUUCAUAAUGGUCAGUUAUUCAUUCGUCAUUGAGUAUAAGCACUUAAUUCCGCACUAAUUCAAUAAGAUUUUUGUCGUCCAUUUUCAAAAACUAAAAGAGAAUGUGGAACGUGACAAAAAUCAUGGCCGUGAAAUAUGAAAAAUAUCGUCAGCAAGUAAUCGUGAAUUCUCUGUAUGAUAACGGCGAUGACACUGUUUGUGUCAGUACGGUCACACGCCAGGUAAGUCGGAACAACAAGCAUAUCUCUCCUUUAAGAAUAUUAUAAAUUUCGCCGGGGGAAUCUCGGAACGGUCACGGUACUGUCACAUCACUGCUGUGUGUAAAUAGACCUUUAAACAUUUCUAAAAUAAAAAAAAAUAAUAAUAGUAACUUCUUAUUAAAAAUAACAGUACAAACAAAACAAAUAUUUUUUAAAAAAUAAUAAAAUUUAGUAAAGUAAACUUUUGAAUAAAGUACUCAUGUUAAUUUGUUGUACAUACACAAUAUACAAUAUACAACUUAAAAUAAAAUUAAUAACAAUACACAAGCUGAGUAUAGAACAUUUAAAUACCAAGAGAAGAGGUCUCUUCUAUCUAAUUUCUUUUUUCUUUUUUAGAACAAUAUCCAAUUCUAACGACUGAAGUUCAAGCGCAUGUUUUGUUUUCUGGAUAUCAUAUUUUCUACACAUUCCUCUUUUAAUAAAGAUAUUUGAAGUUUGACUAAUACUUGUUUUUUUUUUCAGCUAGUUUAGUGAAUUUCUCACUGACUGAUAUCUGACUAUGAUUUUUUUUUUCUUUUCUAAAAUUGGUUACAAAGAAAAAAAAUUAAUAUUUACGUAUAUAGUGAUAAUAGGUAGGUAGUUAUUCCUUACUUGCUAAUUUUUUAUGUUUUUCUUUUGUUCUUAACAGUUUUGUAGAAUCUAAAGAGGUCCAUGUGUUUACUAGUACCAGAUGUACCAGGAUAAUUGUUUAUUCUAUCCUUCAUUAGCGGUUUAUUUGUCAUAUACAAUGUAUCAUCCAAGCCCAAUACUUCUUUAAAUAUAAAAAAUAUUCAAUAAACUCAUUUUGAAUGAAAAUAAAAUAAUUCAACAGGUAUUUAAUCAAUAAAAAAAAAAAAGCUUGAAAUCAUGCCAGGAUCAAGAAUCAAUUUUUGUUAUAAUUAUCAGUAUAAUAACAUACCAUUACAAAAUAAUAUGGAUUUAUCUUCUUUAUUGACCAUAAACUCACGACCAUUUAACAUGAUCUGUGUUCAUUCACUCUAUUUGUUUUCAGGGACCUUGAUUAUGUUUGAUUAAAUCUAAGUAACCAAUGUUUUCAGUCGCUGUUGCA